CCUAUCGCACACAAUAAUGUCUCGUUGCGAGUAGCGAUCGACCAGGGUGAGCGUGUCAUUUGUUUCUUUGCUUCCUGUAUUUUUGGUUGUCAGCUUAAACAAAGCGUCUCGUAACGCUUAUGUGAGUUUUAGAUAACCCCGGGUCUACUUAGUUUAGAUAAGCUACACUCACGCCGUUGACGAUCUUCACUGGACGCAGGCUCCUCGAUGUGGGCCUCCUGCUGUAACUGGCUGUGUCUGGACACGCAGCCUGUGGAGGAGGAAAGGGGGCGCAGCCAGCGGCAGGCCUACACCAACUCGGGGUUCAGACCCUCGCCCCCACGCCCCGCUCCGGAGCACACCUGCAAGGCCUGCGGGAGCCACUUCAGCACCAGCUCCAGGAAGCACGUGUGCAUGGACUGUAAGAAGAGUUUCUGUGCAAGCUGCUCGGUGCAGCCUGCCCUGAGUCCCCGCAUGUGCCUCAGCUGCCAGCGGUGCUGCGGCACAGCGUUCUUGCGCACCGAGCUCAUGAAGCUCAAGGUGAAGGAGCUGCGAGACUACCUGCACCUGCACGAGGUCUCCACAGAGCUGUGCCGCGAGAAGGAGGACCUGGUGGAGCUGGUCCUGGGGCAGCACACUCCGCCCGCCAGCCAGGGGCCCAACCCCCCUGCCACCGGGGCCACGCAGGCCACCUCCCAGGGGGGCCCCUCCCCUCACACAGAACCUGCUGCGGAGCCACUUGCUGAGGAAGGCCAGCAGAACCUGGCUGCAGCGAUUCCCCCCAGCCAAGAGGGGGAGACACCUGCCUCUGGGAGUGGUGCAGAGGCCCAGGAGCAGGAGGAGGGGGAGACACAGUCCUCAGAUACGGAGGAGCCCCUCCCCCCGGGCCGCCGCGCCUCGCUGUCCGAUCUCAAGGAGCUGGAGGACAUCGACGCUCUCACUGUGAGGCAGCUCAAGGAGAUUCUGGCACGCAACUUCGUCAACUACAAGGGCUGCUGUGAGAAAUGGGAGCUCAUGGAAAGAGUGACCAGGCUUUACAAUGAGCAGAAGGAGCUGCAGGACUUGGUUGCAAGUAAUGGAGCUAACCGAGACACAGCUGCCCCCCCUGGCUCGGAGGAGAACCUGUGUAAAAUCUGCAUGGACAGUCCCAUAGACUGCGUCCUCCUGGAGUGUGGACACAUGGUCACCUGCACCAAGUGUGGGAAGCGCAUGAGCGAGUGCCCCAUCUGUAGGCAGUACGUGGUCAGAGCAGUGCAUGUCUUCAAGUCCUGAUAGUCACAGGACAGCCGUGUCAGGACAGCCUUAAUGGAACCAGGCACACCAUCUCUCUGUCUCUCUAUCUAUCUAUCUAUCUAUCUAUCUAUCUAUCUAUCUAUCUAUCUAUCUAUCUAUCUUUGAAAACCAAAGGUUUCUCUUCUUUUACAACUGCUCCCAUUGGAAAAGCACUGGGACUUGGAGAGAGUCUCCCUGUGAUGCUUCAUAUCAGCAGGGAUUGAAACUGCGAUUCAGAUCUCUGAAUAAUCCUUCUUCACGCCCCCAGAGUCUCACGUUUUAAUGGAAGAGGAAACUCCCAGGCUGAAGUUGCAAUCCACAAUAUCUUCAUGGUUUUUUUAAAAAAAAAUUUAAUUAUUUUUAGCUGAAAAGACACGUGUUCUCCCUGUCUUCCCUCAGUAGGGGAAGCCCAGGAUCAGUUUGGUUUCAGGAGGAGAACUUUUGCAAUAAUGAGGUUUUUUUUUAAAUAAUUUUAAAGACCAGUUUUUGGUUAGGCUACGCAGGUAUAACACAGAGGCUACCCUUUAUUUUCUCUGUGUUACAUCCUUCAAUCAGGCAUGGGAUCUACCAGCUGGCCUAAGCCUGAAACAUGUGCCUCGUCAAAGGCUCUUUAACAUCACUAGCAGAGCUUUUACCAUGUCCUAAUUCAGUAUCAGUAAAAGGGAACAUGAUCACUGAGGCCAGUCAUCCCCUUAAACUCCACAUUAGAAUCCAAUGAUGGUUAGACAUUUCUUUUUCCUUUUUAGUUUAUUUGUAUUCGUUAUUUAAAGCAGUAGUCAUGGCUUGUCGUGGUCACAAUAUAUUCUGACUGCUAUUCAGAGGGUGGUUUUAAAAAGAUUUUGCUGAAUGCUGGAUCAGAUACUAACCUGAGCAUUUUAUAGUGUUUACAUGCUUAAGCACAUAGUCUAACAGAAUGUAUUGCAUACAGUGUGCCUUAUAGCAUGGAGAUCGCUGACUGUGUUGAUGUGUUACUCGCUGAGUUUGGGCGUUUCUGUGACACAGUACAGUAGAGAUUUAAACUACAGAGGUCAUACAGGAACAAAGCCCUCUCAGUGAGGAAGAACUACAUACCGUUCCUGCGUAUCAGCAAAUACAUCUAGAUCAUCUUGAAUAUUUAAAGCCAGACUGGUUUCUUACUCACUCAGGAUACAACUCAAGAACUUUGUGUUCAAGUGUUUUAUUUUGUUUUUAUUUGUUUGUUUUGUAUCUUUUUUUAAGAGAAUGCUGCAAGUUAAUAAUCUACUGAACAGUGCUUCAGCUGGGCUUGCUUAGCAGGAUUGGAAUUUAAGGACAUACCUAAACCAAUUGGUAUGUGCCCUUACUGGUUUCAGGGAACCAAUCGGUGCCUAUUUCUUAGCCAUGCUGUCAUUUAGGUCCCUGGCAAUUCCAAUGCAGUUAAAGGGGAAGCUUUAGAUAUCUUUUAUAAUAAAAUCCUCCUUCUAGUAAGUGAAUCUCUACUAAGGGGAAGCUUUAGAUCUCUUUUAUAAUAAAAUCCUCCUUCUAGUAAGUGAAUCUCUACUAAGUUUUGCAUUUUGCAACACUAAGCUCUAAAUGCUCAAUCGUGAAAAUGAAUUUGGUUGUAUAGUUACAAAUGUUUCGAUAUUUUUUCCAUUCCCUUUCCAACCCAGCAUCCUCUGUAGAGACUCCAAGUUUUCCUCAUCGCACUCUCUGAAUUGCAUAUGGAUCCGUUGGUUUUUCGUAAUUCAGCAAUUACAAUGCUCGCUGUGGUGAAGUUGGCUGUUAUUAAACCAGGAUGCCGAAUGUAGUACAGAUUGUGGCUGCAGUUCUCUGUAUGCGGUGAGGUGGAGAGGAAACUCGACAGAUGAUACAAAUUAGCUGCAAUGGCUCAAAUAUAUCAUUUCAUUUAGCAAUGCUUUGCUAAUUCAUGGGAGACAUUAUAAUAUGGCAAUUUAGGCUUGUGUCUGCAUGGUUGGUGCAGACUGGGGCAGGAAAUCUUGAACACAUGGUGUUGAGUUGAGGUGGGCUGGACCCCCAUGUGCCUCAAUACAAAUCUGGACUAUCUUGCGUAGAUAAUUUUAAUGCAUUUUCAUAGCAGAGGCUAUUGGCUUCACGUAAGCUGCCUUCAAAGUAAAUGCCCUGAUGCUCGUAUGGAGCGAUCCAGCUUUUGUUUUUUAAACUGCUUUUCUUAUAUGAGGGUGUAUGAAAAUUCGAAUGCUAAAAAAUCGUCUGCAAACAAUUUCAUUUUGAGAUGUAUUCAUUAAGAAAGAAUAUUGAUUUAUGAGAUGUAAAUGCUGACUUUGAGGAGUGUAUAUAAUGUAUAUAGGGGGACACAGCACACACAUGACUGGUGUUUGCUAACGUCAUCCAGUUAACCGUGUUAUUGAAAGGUUACACUGGAGCUGAUAGGGAGUGUGUUCAGCCUGCUGUACCAAUAAUGCACAGAUGUGGAGGUACUCCACUCGGGGAACCUGCAAGUUAAUCCACCUUUACUUCUGCAUACUUGUCUAUCAGUAAAAAUUCAGUCAGCAAAACGUCCAAUGGAUGGGUUGUUUCUGAUGUUAAAAAUCUCCACCAUCUAAUUACUGCUGGGGUGAUAACACCAUGUUCUUUUUCUGUAUACUUGUAUGUACAGAUAUUCAUAUAAAAUACAUGAAAUCCAACACUGCGUAGUAUUUCAUUUCUUUAGAAACAGCAGCCUAUGCUAUAUAUGUUAACGUAUACGAGAUAAGCCACAGCUGGAUUAUUAGAGCAUUUUACUGUACUGGAGAAUCAGGGGUUGGCUUUUCAGUACAAGUACACUUCAGGAAUUCAUUUUGUAAAAUGACAGACUUUUCCUUAUACCAUUAACCCAUACAUGUAUAUACAGUAAACAGUUUAUUUCAAGUUUACAGCACUGUAUACUGAACACCGAUAUAAAGGCAUGGCUCCAGUCAGAAAUCACACCAAGUGGGGGUCCCCGAGUGGCUCCUCCAGUUAAAGCACUGCCGCUGGGAGCGCAGGGUGAGUCACCCAGCUUGGACGCCGCUGGUUCAUAUCCAGACUGUGCAAAGAAGCUGAACUUUGCUGGGGACUCCGAAGGGGGCGUCACAUUGGCUCUGACUCUCCCGGGGUGGGGGAUGGGAAACCAGCAGGGAUUCCUUCUCCUCAUCGUGCAACAGCGAACCCUACUGGCCAGACAUAGAGCACAUUCAGAGUGGAUUAGAGGCAGGGCUGGUCUCUGUUCUCCGGGGUUGGCAGCCCGCCCACCUCUGCUCUGGAUUGAUCAGUGUAAAAGCGAUUCUGGCUUUAGGCUUGUGAGAUCGGAGGACACUCACACACCCUCAGAACGUCUGUGCUGUGUGGGGACUCGCUGCGGUGAGGAGAAAAAACAUAAUUGGAUAUUCCAAAUUGGGGAGAAAAAUAAAUACAAAUAAUAAUUGGUCACUCAAAAAAAAAAAAAAAAAAAUUAGUGUGCAUAAUAAUGAAGUGCUAAUUGAAUAUCUGCUUGUAUCUAGAAAUGCAGUGGUGUUUCUGCAUGUGGCCGUGCUUUCCUUUGUAUUCCUGUGUUGCAGGGAAGUGGAGUAAGCCUCCCCAAUCCUUUGAAGGGAUAAUGCCUGUGAAUUGAAGAAGCAUGUGUACAUCAAGUUUGAUUAAUUAAUGAAAAAGGAUGAGUGUCAGGCUCUAUCUGAUCCACAACAGGAACAAUGCGUACAGCUAUUUGGCUAAUGCCUUCCUCUGUGUGUUUACAUUGCAUUAUCUGGAAUGUCUAUAUACAUUUUACCAAGGAAUUUCUCCCAUGCUUGGAUGUGGGUUGGCUGUUGUGUAAAUGGGGACAGACAGGUUUGUCAAUGUGUUCCAGUGGCUCUCAAUAGUAAGUCUCUUCACCACUACACAAGUCUAUGAAAGAGAAACUCUCUGCAAAACUGUUGAAACUAUCCAGGGGCAGUCUUUCUGUAAACGUACUCUGUGCUGAAAGCAUUAAAGCAAGUUUUAUUUGUACAUUUGUUUUAAAUGUACUGACCGCACAAAAUGAGAAAUGAUUCUCUCUUGAAUGUAAUAAAACAAGCUUUAAUAGCUCUGAAGGGUAAACGAUUAGGAUACAAAGUGAACCUUUUUAAAAAAAGCAUUUUAGGAGAUGAUUUGUGAGGACUCAUUUUGAUGGAGCCCAGGCCUUUUAUUUGCCUCAUGGGUAACAGUGGAAAUUUCCAAAUGGAAAAUUUAGGAAAAUGUGUUUUUUUUUUUUUAAACUUGAAAGCUCAGCUAUGAUUCCAAAAUGUUUUGGUUUUUUUGUAGGAUUUUGUAAGACGUGUAGAAUAAACCUGAUUAAUGUUAUUGUUUUGUCUAGAUAUUGCACUGCCAUAGCCAGACUGACACAUUGAUAUGCACGUGUGGAUUGGUGAUGUGAUGUGUAUAUGACGGUAUAUAUAUUGUAUUCUGCAUUGUGCUUUUGUAUUUGGGAUGUUAAUAGACUUUUACUGGGUUAUCAUGGAGAUGGUCGUGUAUAUAGUUAUUGGUUUCUACUGCUGUUGCAAAGGUUAAAGGCGGUGUGAAUGGAGCUUGCCGUCUCUUUGUUAAACACUAGAACUAACAAACUAAUAGAGCAUUGUUCUAGCACUGCUAAUUACAGGAAGAAAUCGGUUCAUUAUUAUGGGGCAAAUGAAGAAAAAAAUAAGAACAAACUGUCAACUUUGAAAUAACUACUCGUGUAGACUUUUCUUGUACAUAUAUUUUGGUUGUGCUUUUAUAAUAAAGAAAAAAAAAAGUUUGAUUCAGAAAA